UGGACGUUUCGAAAAUUAUGGGAUCGUCUUGAAUAAUCUUAAUCAUCUAUUUAGAACUGUUCAGUUCUAAAUUAUUUCUUCAAAGAAAUAAUUAAAAUGGAAACGUUUGGAAACUCGAUCAAUCAAUACCAUGUUUACGAGGAAUUGGGUCGAGGGGGGUUUGCAGUUGUUUACAGAGCAAUAUGCAGGAAAUCCGGUGUGGAAGUUGCCAUCAAGAUAGUAAUAAGAGUAACAAUUUUAUGGAAAUUAAUAAUUAAUUACGUUUUUAUUAGAUUGACCGAGUGCGAAUCAAGACAGCUAAAAUGGCCGGUCGUGUAAAUCAAGAGGUCACGAUUCACUCUCGACUUAAACACUCCUCAAUUCUCAAACUAUUCACCUUUUUUGAAGACGAAUCUUAUGUCUACCUGGUACUGGAAUAUUGUUUUAAUGGAGACUUUCAAAGAUAUCUUAGGAAUCACAGUCGGAUUAUGUCAGAGCAGGAAGCUUAUACGAUUAUGAAACAACUUGUCGAAGGAUUGCUGUAUCUCCACUCGCAUCGAAUUAUACACCGGGAUAUUACGCUUGCCAAUAUUUUACUUACCAAAGAUAUGAAUAUUAAAAUAUCAGAUUUCGGAUUAGCUAUCCAAUUGGAGCGAGCCGAUCAAAAGCAAAUGACUAUAUGUGGGACUCCAAACUAUAUGUCGCCAGAAGUUGCCACCCAUGAACCUCACGGUCUCUCGACAGAUGUCUGGGGACUUGGAAUCCUGCUGUACACCUGUCUCGUUGGGAAGCCUCCCUUUGAAACUGAAAAUGGACUCAAAUCUACCCUGACGAGGGUGGUCAUGUCCGAUAUCAAGUUUCCAGCAUUUGUUUCACUUGAAGCGAAAGAUUUGAUAAGAGCCCUCCUGCAAAAAAAUCCAAUAGAUCGGAUUAAUCUCAAAAAUAUUUUGGAUCACUCGUUCAUCUUGAAGUUUCAGGCCAAAAAUUCUGUCAACGGACGCUCAAUGUUAUAUGACAGUGGACUUACUACUGCGUCAUACACGUCGCCAAUUAAUAUUAACUCGAGAGGGUAUGUAUACCCAACUUGCGCCUCUCAUAUUGGAUCCGAUGGUUGUUCCAGAAGUGGACAUCUCUGUCUAAACCAGGAAACGCACUCGCACCCACUACCACCCGUAAAUCGCCAGCUUGGAGGAGGAGAGGAAUUCUGUGAAGGAUCUUGUACACAUUCAACGCCAAAUAGAUUUCUACCUGCAGAAACGUCUUGCUCUUUCCAAUGUGCUCCAGUUCAAUACUGUCACCUCCAACAUUCUGGAAUAUGUCAGGGAAAUAAUUGCAUCUACGCAUGGCGACAAACACAGCAAACCUGCCCUCAUAGCGAGAUCUGUCUAACAACUGCAAAAAGUAGUUGCUGUUCCACAACACCAAAGUAUAAAGACAAUCGUAGAAGUAGUAAGACUGAAGAUGUUGCUUGUGCUCCUCCUGCUUCAGAGAAAAUCGGAUCAUCGAAUGUUGAAAAAAAUAAAUUAGGUGGUCUUUGUGGUAGUAUUUUCGAUGACAAUACUAAAAAAAUUCCAGUAGCUCCUGUAUGUGCGAUACGUCUGCGACCGAUUAGACAAAAAGCAAAAAAUGUGGUUUGUAACAUUCUUGAAACGAGUGACGUCUGUCUUGAAUUCACAAGACAAAUCGAAGGGCAAGAACGAGUCUGGGAAGUAAUGAAGAUUUCUUCUGACGGGAUGCGGAUAAUUAUAUACCACCCAAAGAAGGGACGGGGUGUUAAGGUCUCGGAUAACCCACCCCCACUACCUACCGCUGGAGCUGAUACGAUGUAUAGUUAUACCAAUAUACCUCAAAAAUACUGGAAAAAAUAUUCCUAUGCUUACAAAUUUGUGGAACUUGUAAAAAAAAGAACCCCAAAAAUGAUAUAUUAUACCCCACUUGCCAAAUGCUAUCUCAUGGAGAAUGAUCCCAUCAAUGACUUCCAAGCUUGUUUUUAUCAAGGAGCAGGUAAAAUUUUCAAGUCAGAGUCCUGCUGCACCAUAACUUUAAAAACUGGCAAAUCCUGGGUGUUUGACAUAUUUGACAUUCCAACAUUUCCUACCGAUGUUCAAUAUAUGUGGGACCACUUUAAAAAAUGUUUAGAACGUUGUGAAGCUCGUCACGAACUACUAACUAAUCCUAAGUUAGAAGGGUCAGACGAAAUGUUUCCUCUCAUAAUUAGGCCGCACAAUUCUAUAAACUCCCCCUCAGAACAGCAAUCGCAACCGAGAAAAUUUAUCUCCCCAGAGCGUGAUAAACAUUCCUUCAAUGCAAGGAUAUGAGACGUCCACAGCGACCACAAAGUGGGGUUCCAUUCAAAAAGUGAGAUAGCCAAGCUGAAAUUAUCAAACUUCUGAAACUAUAUACAGAGGCUCUGUAACAACACUAGAUAGAUAGAUUUUUAGCACAUUUAUGCAGUAAUAUAUAUUUAUGUUUGCACAUUAUUUUUAUAAUCAUCCAGAUUACAAUAGCACAUAUACUUUUCUUUUACAAAAAAAGUUUUUAAAAUGUUUUUGAGAAUUUUAAAAUGAUGUUAAUUUUAAAAUUGAAUUUUAAAAUGUCAAUAGUUAGAGAAAAUUAUCAA